AGGAAAGGGAGGGAGCCGCUGAUUUGCGGCCUGAGGCCUCAAGCUCUCCUCCCCACCCGGCAGAGGUUUCCCAGAUGGAAGGAGAGCAAGCAGCAAACAGCAUGAAAACACCAACAGUUCACGUAUUGCCAGAUGAGCAACUAGUGGCGCUACAUCAACAGCUGGUGGAAAGUCAGUCAUCCUAUCGUCACAAACUACAGAGUUCACAGGAGGCACAGCACAGGCAGGCAGUACUUGUACAAAAGCUACAAGCAAAGGUAUUGCAGUAUCGGAAUUGGUGCAAGGAAUUAGAACAACGUCUGGAAGCAAGCAGGGGAUCACAUCCACAUCAGUGGGAUCGGAAAGAAGACCACAGUCUAGAGAAAGCACUGGUCCAGUUGGAAGAGGAGCAACAGAGGUGUGAGAAUUUGGCUGGGGUGAACAUCUUGCUCCGGGAGCACCUGGACCAGGCCAACGAAGUAAAUGGGGCUCUCCGAGAGGAUGUCAACAAACUGGUAGCUGAUUGGACAAGAGCCAGGGAUGAGCUGGAGUACAAAGAAAGUGAAUGGCGCAAAGAACGGGAGUCCUUUGAGAGCUAUAGGCAGGCAGAGCACGAUCGUAUCCUUGGCAUAUGGCGGCAAGUGGUGACCUUACGCCGCUAUUUUCUGGAAAUGAAGACAGCAACUGACAGGGAUCUGUCUGAGCUAAAGGCCGAGCAAGUGAGACUCUCUGGCUCUAUCCUCGUCAGUUGCUUCCGUCUAAGUUCUGAUACAAAACUCUGGGAGACCAGCAGUUUGGGAAGCUCUGUCCUGAGAUGCCAGCAGCAGCAGCAACAACUUUAUACAAAGCCUGAGAAGAUGGAUCUGGAGAAACAAAGGUACCAGCAAGCACAAACAAUUGUGAGCUUGCGUGUCAAAGGCGACUUAGCAAAGGAGGAUCUCCAAAGCAGGGUGAUGGAACUGACUGCCUUGCUUGAACAGUCUCAAAAAGAGAGCGAAGAGAAGGGGAAGACAGUGAAGAUUCUCAGAGACACUGUGGCGACCCUGGAGGCGAAUCGUUUGGAGAUUGAAUAUGAACAAUCACUGAGCAAGGAUGUCAAUGAAGAAAUCCUUUCCCUUCAACAUGUGAUACAAGAAAUAACUCAAGCAGUCAUCAAUGAGAGCGAUGCAACAAUGGGCAGCCCACAAACUGCGAGCUAUGCUGAGUCUUGCAGCCUCUUGCAGCUGAAGCCCGGUGACCCAGAUGGUCCUCUCCUUCUGGUGCGUGACAGGCUGACGAGGAGAAGCAACGAAGUGCAGCACCUGAGGCAGCAGCUCCUGGGCAGUCAAAAUUCUGUCAGCUCUCUGGCAAAGCAACAAGAGCAGCAGGAACAGCACUGCAGCUUCCUAAGACAAAGGCUUGAGCAGCUAGAAGGGGAGCGCGACACCCUCAUGGGCCAACUCCAGCGUCUCCAGUCCACUGUGGAGACUUACCGCAGUGACCUUGUGACCCUGGAAAAAUCCGAGAAAGAAUUGCAACAGCAGCUGGAAGUUUUGGAACAGGAGGCCCGGGACUUACGGCGAAGCAACACUGAGCUACAGCUUAAAGGAGACAUGGUGGACGGGGAGAAAGAAGAACAGCAUCAGGAGUUGGAAAGGAUGAUGCGGGAGAGAGAAUACAUUCAGGAAGAUCGCAACGCCCUUGAAGAAAAGCAUUCCUUAUUAAAGAGCGAGCUGGUAGCGAUGCGAGAAGCCCUGGAAAAAUCGCGACUUGAUGGAGAACUGGUGAAGCAAGAAAAACACGAAUGUGCUUCAGCACUGGAACAGGCUGAGCAGUCCCUCGCAAAGUUAACCAGCACAUACAAUAAGCUGAAGGCUGAAACUGCUGAUCUUCAUGAUGUGGCUGCAAAGAUGAGUGCCCUUAAUGAAGCUCUAGCGAUGGACAAAGUAGAGUUGAAUCAACUUAUCUUGAAGCUGGAGCAGGAAAACCAGACUCUCUUGGACAACGUGGGUUGCCUGGAGAGAAUAAGGACUGCUUCACAGAAACAGCUCCAUGAGACUGGAAAAACAAACGAGGAGCUACGGGCAGAGAAAUUUCAGCUGGAGCAGACACUGCGUGAGGCUGAGGAGUUGCAGGAAAGAUUGCAGGAUGAGUUACGAGGACUGCGAGAUGAACAGACAGAGACGUAUGAGCAGUUGAGCCAGGCUAAUCACCAGCAUGAAACAUCUAGUACCAAUUUGGAACGUGCACAUCAGGAGUCAAGUCGUCUUGGAGAGGCCCUGGCCAAGGUGUCCAGAGAAAAGGAAUUGUUAAUGCAUGAGAAAGCUGCGUUGGAAGUUCAACUUAGGGCUGUUGAGAGGGAAAGGUUGACACUUACAGAACAGAUGGCAGAGUUCAGCUCAACAAAGGCCCUUCUGGAAUCAAGCCUCUUUCAAGCCCAGCAGCAGGUUUCUCAACUGGAAGUUACCACCGGUCAACUGGAAAUGAAAGUUCAGGCAGUCAGUCAGGCUAAAGAAGUGAUACAAGGAGAGGUGAAAUGCCUUCGCGUUGAACUGGAAGCGGAGAAGUUAAAAGUUGAACAACAAAAGGAAGAAAAAGCACAGCAGCUCGCACAGGCAGAGCAGAAAUACCAAGAAGCCCUCAACCAUCGUCAAAUUGUACAGAAAGAGGAAAUGGACACAAUCUUUCAGGAAUUGGAAGGUGAACGACAACGUCACCAUAUAGAACUGGAGCGGGUGUUGGAGCGCAUGGUCAAGGAGAAAGAAGAGAUGGAGGCUGUCUAUGAGAGGAAGCUCCUGGAGCUACAGCAGGAGAUGGAAGCUGAGCUCGUCAUGGCUAGAAAUGCCAAACAAGAGAUGCUGCUAGAAGAAGAGAGUGAAAGGAAAUCCUUACUAGAGGAAUUUCUCCAAACAAAGAAGGAGCUGGCUAGUACUUGCCAGCAGUUGGAGUAUCUCCAUCAGGAAACAAAGAAGUACCAAGAGAAGGAGCAGGAUACUGUACAAGGUCUGGAAGCUGAGCUGAAGGAUGCCCAGAGCACAGUGGAAACACUGGAAAAGCACUACAGGGAGGAAAUAAAAUCUCUCAAAGAAGAAAUCAACUUCCUCCUUCAACAACAAGACAAUUUGCAAAGUCAGGUCCAAGAGUUGGAGUCCCAGCUACUGGCAGCUAAAGAUUCUUGCCAGCUGAUUAGCCAGGAGGCACAGCAGUGGUUGGGAGAAGCACAAGAACUGUCAAAACAGAAGGUGCUGGAAGCAGCACAACUCCAGAAGAUGCUGGAAGUGGAGAGGAAGCAGCGCGAGGAGAUGGUCCAGCAGAACACGGAGUUGCGGAGCCAGAAAGAAGAGAUGGUGCUCAGGAACGCAGAACUGCGUGCUCUGCAGCAGAGUCAAUGGGAGGAAGAAAAACACCUGAACAGGGAACUGCAGGGAAUGCAGGAAGAGGUAGAGCACAAGCGUGCCUCGCUUCAAGCUCUGGAAAGGGAGCAGAGCCGGUGGGAGGAGGCAGAGCGUCAGAAUUCAGAGCGCCAUUCGGCCCUCCAGAGACAGUGGGAAGAGGCAGAACGUCAAAACAUAUGGUUGCAAAACCAAGCCAGGGAGGCGGAGCUGCAGAACGGAGAGCUGCGGCACCAGAAAGAGGAGGCGGAGCGUUGGAAUGCGCAACUGCAGAGGCAGCAAGAAGCGGCAGAGCGUGAGAGCGCAGCGCUGCAGAGCCGCUGGGAGGAGGCACAACGGCGCUGUUCUGAAUUGCAGAGCUGGAAGGAGCAAGCCGAGCGUCAGAAUGCCGAACUGCAGGCCCUUCUCCAUAGCCAACGAGAGGAGCUGGAAAGUCAGAACGUGGCGCUGCAGACAAAGCGGAAGGAGGUAGAACAUCAGAAUACGGCGCUGCAGAAGCUGAAGAAAGAGCAGAGCCAGUGGAAGGAGGUGGAAGGUCAGAAUGCAGAGCUGAAGGUAGCAGUGCAGGCUCUGGAGCAGGAACGAGCCCGCCUGGCUGUCUUGUUGGAGGAGAAGGAGAUCAGGUUCAAGAACCUGCAACACAGCAAUGGUGCUCACCAGGGUGAAAUCGCCCAACUGCGAGCCGCCCUGCAGCAAGCAGAGCAUCUGCUUGCUGAGCAGAGAAAAGAGGUGCCGGAGCUCAAUAGCCAGAUGCAGUCACUCAAGCAAAUGAUGGCAGAGAAGGAAGCAGCCCUGGUAGCUCAUAAGGAGCAGCUCGCCCAAGACCUGGAAGAAUCCUGUGCUAGUGAGCGACGUGCGAAGGACUCCGUACAGAGGCUGGAGGCUGAAGUGUCUCAGCUGCGCCUGAGCCUGUGCAACACAGAGAGCCGGGCCGACGCAUUGGCGUCGGAAUGUCAGCGCACUCGUUCAGCCCGUUGGGAAGCGCAGUCCCAGCUGACCAAGCUGCGCUCCGUUCUCCAGUACAUGCUAUGCAACAGCCCUGAAGCAAACUUGGAGCACAGUGGGCAAGGAGACGCAAGCGUUUGGAGCUCAUUGUCCCUUAGCACAGAACAGGAGAACGAGAUGGGACCAGCUCUGUCUCAGCUUAAGGACUUUCCCGCAGAGCUUACAGUGGAGAGAGUGGCAGAAGCUAUUCAGGACCUGCGGCAGAAUCUGUGGCAGGCUCGGCUAGAGCGGGAUGAGAUGAGGAAGAAUUCUGAGAAACUGAAGCAAGAACUCGUUGAAAAUGAAACAGAAAGGGACCGUCUUAGUGCCAAAGCCCAAGAACUGCAAAAGUGGCUGAACCAAAGCCUGGAAGAAAAAAAUAUGGCAGAAGGCAAACGGGGCUCCCUAGAGUCUGCCUUGAAGACAGAGGUCAUUGCCUUCAAAGAAGAGAAUGUGGCUUUGCGUGGGAAGGUGACUGCUUUGGAGAAGACUCUUGAAAGUGCAGAGAAACAAAGGAAGGAUGCAUCGAAUGAACGGGACACACUACAAAUGGCUAAGGAAAAAAUGGCAUGGGAGCUGGACCUUUUUCGGGAAUCCAUCAGAACUUCUGAGAUUCGUGCAAAUGCCAUGGAAAAGAUGAAUCAGUCCCUGGAGCAAGAGCUUCAAACUACUCUCUCAACACUCAGAAUUAAACAUGAGGAAGUAGAGGCUUUUCAACAAGAAGCAGGCAUGGGAAGAGCUUUACAAGAAAAACUGGAUUGUCUAACCACUACGCUAGAAAAGAGAGGUGAAGAAAUAAGGUCCCAGCUACAACAAAUUAGGGAUCUGGAGAGGCACAGAGAAGUGCAAAAUGCUGCUGUAGAACAUCUCACUAAAGAUCUAGAAAAGCAAGGUCAAGAAACUGAAUCUCAAAAAAGAGAGCUAGAAGAACUGAGAAAGGAGAAUAAAAUGAAGAAGGCUGUUCUAGAGAAACUAAGUCUAGAUCUAGAAGAGAAGCUUCAAACUGUGAAAUCUCAACAAGAAAAGAUCCAAAAACUGGAGGAGCUGACGCAAAACCAAAAAACUAUCAUGGAAAGCCUGACUGUGAAUCUAGAGGAAAAAAUCAAGGAAACUCAAAUCAAGGAGGAAAAAAUCCAGUUUCUGGAGGAGAAUGAGUCAUCCCAAAUUGGGGCUUUGCUGAAAGAUCUCAGUGAGUUGAAAAUACUGCUGAGUGAAAAAGAUUGGGAACUCACAUCUCAAAAACAGCUACUUCAAGAGCGGGAAGAACAGAGGGAAAAACGUGAAAAGUCUCUUCACACAAGCCUAGAACACAUGAAGGCAAUUUUGCGGGACAAAGAAAGAGAGGUAGAAUCUCAGGGGGAACAGAUAGCGAGUUUACAGCAACGGGAGGUUCAGGGGGAGGAGCAACUCUGUGAACUGCAUGAGAAACUAAAACAGGCGGCAUUCACCCUGACCCAGAGAGAUCAAGAGCUUGAGACACAAAAGCAGCAAGUAAGAGAGAUGGAAGGAGAAAUGGAAACGGAACUAAAGGCUCUUCGUGAACUUACAGCAACAACACAGCAAUCUUUGAAAGAAAAGAAUUCAGACCUGGAGUUCCUAAGAAAACAUGAAGAAGAAUUGGAGAGGCAGAUAAGAGCUCUGCUUGGAGAUGUCCAAUUCAGCACCACAGUUCUAAAGGAGGGAGAUGGUGGUGCAGAGUUUCAGAAAGAGCAAAUAAAACCAGUCAAGGAAGAAAAACUUCAGGAAACCACUUUUAAUAUCUUGGAACAGCUCAAAAUGGUGCUAAGGGGGAAGGAGCAAGAAAUGAAAAAGCAGAAAGAAGAACUUGAGGAGGAGAAAGAAAGGGUAGUGAGAGAAAUGCAAACUAAUCUUCAGGAAGCAAAACAAGCUUUGAGGAAUGGAGAGAGGCAACUUGAGUCCUUAAAGGAGGAGAACCGGCAACUUCAGCAACAAGAGGAAAAAGCAAUGGCACAGACCAAAUCUGUCUUGGAGAAACUGGAAUUCACCAGGUCUUCUCUUCAAGACAGGGGCAAAGAGACAGAAUCAUUACAGGCGCAUAUCAAGGAACUCUCACAGCAGAAGGAGCAGGAACAGAACCGAGUUGCAAGCCUACAGCAAGAUCUGGCUAGGCUUAACCAAUUACUGACAGAGAAGGAAGAAGAGCUUCUCCAGCAGGCAAAGCAAAUUAGCUCAUACCAUGUUAAAAUAGAAGUCACACUAGCAGAAUUACAGGCAUGCCGGAAUCAGGCAAGUCAUUUGGAAGGAAUAAUUAAAAAGCGAGACCUAGAGAAUGAGAGAGACCUCCAGAAGCCCCAACAUAAACAUGAGCAGAUAAAAGAGGACGAAAAACUUCCUAGAGAAAAAGAGGGAUUUCUAGAAGAAGGACAAAAAGAAAGAGAGAAAGAGAUGAAAACUCAAUAUGAGAGAGGGCAAAAGAAAAUGGAAGAUGAGAUUAAGGCGCUUCAGGAGAACAUACAGCAUCUCCAAUAUGUGCUUAAGAAAAAAAAUGAGGAGUCUGAAUGGCAGAGAGGCAAAGUUGAACAGCUGGAAGAGAGGGUCAGGGGCAAAGAGAAGGAAUUGCUAACCUACAGUCAACAGCUGAAGGAAGUAAUUUCAACCCUGAGGCUUCAAGAUAGCGAAGAGGACAGUUUACAGAGCCAUAUACAAAAACUUCUCAUGUGGAAAGAAGAAAAGACAGACAAUAGCAAAGCUCUUCAGGAAAAAGACCAACGACUGGAAUGGCAAAAGGAAAAAAAUCAACUCUUGGAAGAUGAGAACAGAAUAAAGAGACAGGAAUUGGAUCGUGUGACAGCUGUUUUGAAGCAGACUGAGAGUGGAGAGAUUGAAUGGAGAGAGAGAGCCCAGAAGUUGGGUCUGUCUCUAGCCAAGAGCGAAGAGGCCCUGAGAGCCCUGAGGGAGGAAAUGGCAAUUGUACAGAAUAUGGUUUCGGAAAGGGACAGGGACAGGAUUCAUCUUCAGGAACAGUUGGAUUCAGCUUUCAGAGUUCUGGAGGAAGAGAGACGUAGUACUAAAACUCUGGCAUGUGAAGUAGACCUGCUGUCCACAGAAAAUAAUAUGCCAGAGAUAAGGCAUCAAGAGGCUGGAGAGGCUAUGAGAAAAGAGGGAGAGCUGACAUGGUUGACUGAAAGACGAUGCUUGUACAGGCGCCUCCAGCUUCUUCAGCAGGCCGUUGCCAGGCUGGAGAAUGAUAAAUGUGGUCUAGAGCAGCGCAAUACCCGGCUUAGAGAUGCACUGGAGCAGGUAGAACGAGAACGGAGGAGACUGAAAAGGAGCCGUGGAGACUUUUCUCUGAGUUUUGGAGACUCCCAGGCUGACUCUGGCGCACAAAAGAUCCCAUCCUUUGCCAAGGAAGAAACCCAGAUUCUCCAUAAGCAGCUGGCAGAGUUACAAAAACAGGUUUCUGUUCUACAAAAGCAGCUAUCACUAGAACGGAAGCAGAAACAGAAUUAUAUUAACUCCUGUGCCAAGACAAACCGAGAGCUUUCAGGUUUACAUCAAGAGCUCUCAGAUUCUUUAGCUGCUGUGGCCAGGGAACCUGAGGCUACUAUUCUGGAAUCGGAGACCCGGAAGCUCGAUGAAACCCUGAACCACAGCUUGUCAUUGGCAGCGGCAGGCUGGGAUGGCCUCUUGUCUGGAAAACACCCAAUAAGCUCAACACCCAAAACAGCCCAGCAAAAGGUCUCAAGGAGGUAGCAGGAUCCAGAAACUCUGCAGAAGUCAGAGCACUAAAUCUGCAAUUAACAGCAGCUUUUUCAGUCAGUGUAAAUUUCCACCAUAUUGAAUUGCAACUAGCGCUGUCUUUUUUAAUGAUUUGUGUUCCGGAGCAUUGCCCUCAAUUAACUAGCCCUUGACUUCUAGGACCCAUCCUGCCAACUUUUAACCUUUGGGGUAUAAUUCCAUACUAUUCAGAACCAAUUAAGCUCAUGUGAAUACAAGCUGUGAAAUAACAAGAGCAGCUGUUAGCUUGAAUAGUAAAUGGCUGAAGAUGUGCACUGUGGAGCUUUUGUCACAGAAGAAAAUUCUGAGCCAGGUCACAAGAAUGAUAGCAAAAGAGAACUGCUUAUAACUAUUGAAUUUCUGGUGGGAAGAAUAGAAGUUCAUUACAGAACUUGAGUCCUGAGAGAGACUGAGCUUAUUAACAUUACUUCUAGCCAGUUUUUUGCAGAGACUCAGGACAGAAGGGAGUGGUCUCAACCGAAAUUGUUGAAUUCCUAAAUAUUAUUAUUGAGUAAUAAGACAUUUCUUUCAGUUUUGAUGUCUUAUCCUGUUCUAAACUGCUGCCCAGCAACUUACUGUAAAAUGUCUCCAAACUUAUUUUUAUAAUAUUUUUGUACUAAAAAGUUUUCUUAAUAUUUAUAAUAUAUUUGUUUUAACUUGUCUCAAA